AUGUCUGACGACAAGUUUCCCCUGCUUCCGGAUCCUCCUCCUUAUCAUGAAAUCAGUGGGAAUCAAGUUUCGCCAGCAAGACUUCGAAUGGGAUCCGCUUUCACUAAAUUGGAACAGGAUUAUCGAGUUGAAGAAGUGAUUCGGAAAAUGGGCCUCUCUGGCUGUGCAGAUACAAUGAUCGGAAUCCCAAACUCGGUGAAAGGCUUGUCAUGUGGUGAAAUGAAACGACUGGCGUUUGCAUCCGAGAUUCUCACGUGUCCGAAGAUCCUGUUUUGCGACGAACCAACGUCAGGACUGGAUGCUUUUAUGGCAGGCCAUGUCGUUGCUGCGCUGCGAAGCUUAGCCGAUGGUGGAAUGACAGUGGUGAUCACGAUUCAUCAGCCAAGUAGUCAAGUUUAUUCAAUGUUUAACGAUGUUUGCCUUAUGGCUUGUGGACGAAUUAUUUAUCUCGGGCCGGCGGAAGAGGCUGAACCGCUUUUUGAAAGCUGUGGAUACCCAUCUCCGGAGUACUACAACCCUGCUGAUCAUCUUAUCCGAACCUUGGCUAUUAUAAAUGGUGAAAAAAGCACAUGUCUCAAAACAAUUUCUAGGAUUCGACAAGGCUUCUUACAGACUCCGUACGGGAAGGAGGUUCUCGAGAUCUCAAAUGGACAAAUAAAUGAGACUAAACGACAGAUCUCCGAAGAAAUCAACAAUUCUGGGAAGGAUCAUUCGUUUUUCAAUAUGAAACAUCCUGCUUCCUUCCUAGCUCAACUCACUGCUUUAACAUGGAGAUCGUGGUUAACUAUAGUGAGAGAUCCGAUGGUGCUCAAGAUCCGAUUCAUUCAAACUGUUAUUUGUGCUCUAAUCACUGGAUUUGUUUAUUUCGGCACUCCCGUCACUUCCGACACUGUAAUAUCCAUAAAUGGGAUAUUAUUCAAUCAAAUUCGAAACCUUAACUUUAUGCUACAGUUUCCGGCUGUACCGGCGAUAACAUUGGAGCUACCGAUUGUCCUGAGAGAAAAUUCGAACGGAAUAUAUACAGUAACUUCCUAUUUUAUUGGUAAAAAUGUUGCUGAGCUUCCACAGUACAUCGUCCUACCAGCUCUCUACAAUGUUAUCGUAUACUGGAUGGCUGGUCUUGUGCCGAACAUUUGGACAUUCCUGUUCGCGACACUCAUAAGCGUUCUAGUGUCGAAUGUGGCUAUUUCAAUAUCGUACGCGGUUGCGAUCAUCUUCAGCUCAACAGAUGUUGCAAUGACGUUUUUGCCUAUUUUUGUUGUGCCAAUGUUGGCAUUUGGUGGAUUUUUCAUCACCUACGAUGCAAUCCCUGGCUACUUUACGUGGCUCUCUAAACUAUCGUAUUUCAAGUAUGGCUACGAAGCGCUUGCGAUCAAUGAAUGGGACUCAGUUGAUUUCAUCCCAGGCUGCCUCAACAAUUCGCUAAAGUACGUCGAUUGUCCAAAAUCUGGAGCAGAAGUGCUAGAUCAGAUAGAUUUCGACGGUUUCAACAAAUGGAUGGAUGUGUUAAUCCUUUCUGGAAUGUUUGUACUUCUUCGUCUAAUAGCCUACGGUGCUUUGUUGAUUCGAGCGUAUCGAAAUCACUAG